AAAUAUUCCACGCAACAACUUCCGGAGUCAGAAAAAAAAAAAAAAAAAAAAACAGAAACUGAAGUCUGUCUGAAAUGUGAAAAGUUAUAAACACUGAUUGUGUUAGACAGUCCAUUUAGACCAUGGCUGAUCAGCAGGAUGGUGACAGCCAAGUAUCUGCUGGAAAAAGUCCUGCAGCUUCCAAGUUGGACAGCUUGUCAAGGGAAGACAUGAUCAAGUUUGUUAAGAAACAGAUGUUAAUGCUUCAGAAAACAAGAUCUAAAUGUGAUGAACUGACAAAGAAAGUAAAAGAUUUAGAAUCAAAUAAAACAGACGGGGCAGCUGGAGAUGGAAAGUCUGUGAAGGAUCUGGAAGUAAAAAUAAAAGAACUUGAAGAUGAAAAAGAAGAUAUUUUAACUGCCUACCAGACAGUGCAACAGACACAAGAUUAUUCCAUACAGAAAUUCCAUGAUGUAGAGUCCCAUUGUACUGAGUUAACUGAACAAAAGGGUAAUCUAGAGAAACAACUCGCCUCCAUGAGUCAGUCGAAAAAGGCACUAGAAGAGGAAAUUGAAUGCCUUAAGAUGAAAGAUGAGACAUUGGGAACCUCUCUGCAGUUUAUGCAAGAAGAACAAGGAAAGAUGAAUACAGAAAAUGAGAAUUUGAAAGAGCAAAUCCAUUUGUUAACUGAUGCCAGAGAUCAGAUGAUGGAGAAGUUGAAAUCUAUGAAACAGCAACAGGAAACAGAUACACAGCAACAGGUGCAGGAACUAGUAAUAACUAAAGACCGAUUACAGGCAGAUUUAGAGAAGUCUGUGGAAGAGCAACAGAAAUAUAAGAAAAGAAUUGCAUCAUUAGAGCAAGAGGUUGAUUUAUACAUGUCUGAACUAAAUGGGGAAAAAAGAAAAGUAGAUGAUUUCACACAAAACAUGAAAAUAUUAGAAGAAAAAACUCAAGAGAUGGAAAAAAGCCUAAAAAAUGAAGAACAAUUUAAGGAAGAAACAAAAAGUCAAAUUCAGGAAUUGAAAUCUUUGAAUGAAAAAUUACAAGAAGAGAAAACAGUUCAAGAUAAAGAAAUUGAACUUUUGAAAUCAUCAUCAGAUACAGUAAGUUGUGAUGAAAAGAAAGAAGUAAACACUAAUGAAGAAAAGGAAACUUUACAAUCAGAAAUUGAAAGGUUAAAGGAAAUUAUAUCUACCCAAGAAACAAAUGCUGAAAAGAUGAAAGAAAUGAUGCAGGAGAGACUGGAGGAAUUUAAAAAGCAUGCAGACUCCUUUGAAAAUUCAAAGUUUGAAAUUUCUGAAAAAUAUUAUAAACUCUCUGAAGAAAAUGGUGCUUUGGAGGAUGAAAAAGAAAAAUUAGUAAAGUCUAAAGAAAAUCUUGAAUCUAUGAUUGAAAAAUUGAAACAAGAACUUGCAAAUCAAGACAGUGCUGCAGCAUCAGCAAAAAGUGAAAUUGAUAAAGUUAAACAGAAAAUUCAGCACAUCAAUGAAGAGCUCAAUGCUAGGAAUAAAAAUGUACAAGAAGGUAAUGUUUUUGUUGCACUUGAUCAGAUAAAGAAACUGUUGAUAGAUCAGCUUGACAAACCUGCAAAAGGUCAGAAACAAGGGAAAUCUAAAUCAUCUAGUCCUUAUGGAAGUAAGUCUGAUGUUGCAAAAGGCUCAAACACUUCUUCAAGGUCUAAUAGUCCAAACAGUCCUGCAGAUCUUCUGAAGAAAUUAGAAAUUUGCACAGCAGAACUGAAAAAAGAAAAAGAACAUUCAGCUUACUCAGUUAGUGAGCUCCAAGAAGAAAAAGAACUGCUCAGACAUGAGGUUCAAGCGAUGAAAGAUCAAUUAGGAGAAUGGGAAAAUAUGAUGGACAUGUUAAAAUCUGAAAAAGAGGCUAUUCUUCAGGAAAUUGAUGAAUUUGAUGCCCGUGAAAAAACAAUUAUUGAAGAUCUGAAUUUUCUGAAAAAUGAGCUUGAUCCAAAAGAAGUCUUAAAAGAGAAUGAGGUUGUAGAAGAUUGUGAGACCGAUUUAAGUGAUGAAGUUUUUAAAUCAGAGCAUAGUGCUGUCAUUCAGUUAAUGCUUGAUGUGAAGGAGCAUGUAAAAAAACUAAUAGCUGAAAAAGAUGCUUUAAAACAGGAGGAUAAAGCAGAUGAUAAGGUAGAUAAUUCUCUAGAAAUUCAAGAACUUAAAAACCAGUUAGAAAAGAUCUCUUCUGAGAAAGAAUAUCUGGAAAGGGAAAAGGAAUCACUGGGUGUUGUUGUGCAACUUGCUCAGGAAAAGGAAAAAGAUGAAACAGAAGAAAUUUCAGUGUUGAAAUCUAAUAUUGAGGGCAAUGAAAAACAAAUUUCGGAAAUGAUGAAUUCUGUUGAAUUAAGCAAAACAGAAAUAGCAGAUUUAAAAAGUCAGAUCCAAAGUUUAAAGGAAGAAAAUGGAGGUCUCAGUAAAAUAAAAAAGGAACUUGAUUCAAAAUUAAAUGAAAGACAAUCAUAUACUCAAGAACUUGAAGAAAAAUUACUCAGUAUGUCACAGAAUUUGUCUGAAAAUAAAAGAAAGUUUGAAGAAUCUUUAUCUACUUUAGAAUCUAAUGAAAAAAGUUCAAAAUCCUCAUUGCAAGAAGAAAUGGAAAUGAUUUCCAGUGAAAAUUCUACUUUAAAAACAGAAUUAUCAGAUCUUACGUUAAGACUUGAAGCAUUUAAUUCAGAAAAAGAAGAGAUUUCUUUGAAACUUGGUGAAAAAGAUGACUCCUUGAAAAAAUUACAGUCAGAUAAAGAUGAAAUCACCAAAGAAUUGUCAAACUCAUUGGAAGAAUUGAAAAUUGAGAAGGAAAAUAUUGAAAAAUAUUUAGAAGAGGAAAGGAAUGCUGUUUCUAAACUUAGAGAAACAUUAAAUGAAACCGAAGAAAAACUUUUCUCUUUGAAAUCUUCUGUUGAGUCUGAGCUUGCUUCUAAAGAUCAAACCAUCAAUGAAAUGAAACAAAAUUUAGAACUAAUUGAAGAGGAAAAAAAGAAUGUGCAAAAUGAAACUGAAAAUAUAAAGAAAGAAUUGAACAAUUUACAGGAAAUUCAUAAUUUAGAAAUAUCAAAAGUGAAAGAAGAAAUUAAUGAAGAAAAUGAGAAGUUCAAAACAGUUAUGGAAGAAAAAGAAAACCUUGUACAAGAAAAAGAAAACCUUAUAGAUGAAAAUAAAAAUUUACAAACAUUGAAAGCAAAUCUUGAACAUGAAAGCUCUUCACUUAAGGAGGACAUUGAAAGUUUAACAAAUCAAUUAGCAAAUUGUAAGUCUGGGAAUGAGUCUUCUCAAAAUGAGACAAUAACUCAAUUUGAGUCGAGAAUUAACAAACUUAAAGAAGAGCGAAAUCAGUUUUAUAGUGUUGUUCAAGAAAGGGAGUCACAAAUAGAACAAAUGCAAAAGGUUGUAGAUGAAAAGUCCGAGGAUAUGCUGUCACUGAAACAGGAAGUAGAGGAAAGGGGCCAGACUGUGACACUUUUCAAACAGGAUAUUGAAAAGUUGUCUGCUGAAAAUCAAAAUUUGAAAGCAUCUUGUGAUCAAUUAAAUGAUAAGCUUAUAGGCUGUGAUACUGAAAUUCAAGAACUCAAAGUUUUGAAUGAGGGUUUGAAGCAAAAUUUGAAUUCUCAGUUAGAAGAAAACAAAAAUGUUCAGAGUAGCUUGAAAAAGUUUGAAGAAGACAAAGAACUCUUGCAAAGUGAAAUAACUGUUCUCAAGAGUUCCACUUCCCAAAAUGAAGAAGCUAUGAAAGAAAUGAUUGCAGUUGCCAAAGAAAAAGAUUUGUUAGAAAAAGAAAUGUCUGAAAAAAUGGCUGCAAUAGAAAAAUUAGAAAUGGAAUUGAAUAAUAUCAAAACUAAAUUUGAUGAAACUGUUGCUCAGAGAACCUCAUUAGAGGCAGAAAAUAAUCAAAACUUAAAACAGUGUGAGGAUUUGCAAUCAGAACUGUUAUCCAUGAAGGAAGGUACAUCUACCACGGAACAGGAAGUUGAAAAUGUCAAAGUUCAGUUAGAAAAAUUAACCAAUGAAAAGCUAGAAGUUGAACAGCUGUAUCAUGAAAUUAAUGAACAGUAUAAAAUUAAAAAUGAAGAAUGUGAGAAUCUUAAAAGGGUGAUAGAUCAACAAGAAGAUGAAUCCAGGGUAAUAAAAGUACAAAGUGAACAACUGAUGCAAGAAAAGGACACCACUAGUGAACAGUAUUCUAGUGAAAUACAAUCAGUGAAAGAUAAACUUGAUAAAGUAAAUCAUGAAAACAAUGAAAUAAAAACAGAAAUGGAAGAACUACAGAAGAAAUGUACUACUCUUGAAGAAAAAGUGAUUCAGAUUCAGACUGAAAAAGCACAAGUAGAGGAAAAAGUGAUUCAGAUUCAGACUGAAAAAGCACAAGUAGAGGAAAAAGUGAUUCAGAUUCAGACUGAAAAGGUGCAAGUAGAGGAAAAAGUUAUUCAUGUUCAGACUGAAAAGGCACAAGUUGAGGAAAAACUAAGUGUAAUGAAAGAAAAUGAAGUAAAACAGACAAGCCAGGUAUCCACUGAAAAAGGGGUAUUAGAGAAGACACUACAGGAAAAAGAAGCAAUUAUUACAAAGCUUAAACAGUUGGUUGUCAAAUGUAAGAAGGAGGCAACAGAAUUAAAAAACAAGCAUGAUGCUAUGAAAACCCAGUAUGAAUCUGUAGUAAAGGAAAAAGAAAACCUUCAGAGUCAACUGGAUAACUUGAGGAAAGAUCAGGAUGCUGAUAAACAGCUGAUGGAUACUCUUAAAACACUACAAGAUGAACACAGUAGAACUUUGGAAGAGCUUCAUAAGGCUAAGAAAACUGAAGAGGAAUUUGAAGCAGACUUGCAGAAGACAGUUCAUGAUUUAUCAAAUCUUAAAGAACAACUUGCUUUGUCAAAAGAUGAAAAAGAACAGUUAAAUAAAAAAAUUGAAAAACUGACCUCAGAUUUAAAGACAUCAGAAGCCAGUAUUACUGAUCUAAGUGUCAAAUUAAAAGCAACAGAACAAGACAAUGUGGCAAACAAAAUCCAGAGAGAAGAAUUAUCUAAAGAAAAGCAACAGGUUCAAGCAGCUAUGUCAGAACUAGAAGAAAGUAGAAAGAAAGAUCAAGAGAAACAUUCAGAACAAAUCAGUGGUUUACAGCAACAGAUACAGAUAAUGGAAAAGGAGUUGCAAAUGGCUAAACAAGAAAGUAAACAAAGUAGUAUGAUGGACUUAGAAAUGGCUGACUAUGAAAGGACUGUGCAGAUAUUGAACAGUCAACUCGUGGAACGUGACCACUCCCUCACUGAGUUAAAGAUAGAGGUCAAAAGAUUAGAAGAUCGAAAUAAAGUGUUGAAAGAACAGAUAGAUUCUGUUGAUGAACAGAGAAUUCAGGCAGAUGAUAGAGCAAAUAAAAUGAAAACCAUGCUUGUGAAAACCAAGAAGGAAUUGAGUGAUGCUAAAAAAAUGGAUGCUCACCAGAAGACAUCUGAUGCACAGUUACGUGGACAGUUAGAACACCUCAAUCAACAAAUAGAAGACUACAAGGUUCAAAUGUCUGAGGUUGCAGGAGAGAAACAGAAAGCAAUAGAAAGGUUCCAGUCCAUAUCAGAAUCCAGUCAGAGGACUGUGAAAACACUUGAGACCAGGAUACAGUCACUGCAGAAUGAUGUCGCUCUUGCUAACAGUGAACUAAACACUGUACAAGCUGAAUAUGAUGGUUAUAAGGUCAGAGUUCAUAGUGUAUUGAAUAAACAAAAGAGGACCGAAACAGUAUCAGAAAUGGACAAACUAGAGAAGGAAAGAUUAGAAAAGGCUGUUGAUCAACUGAAGACUAAAUUACAAACUAUAAGUGAAAGUCUGACCUCUUCUCAACAAGAAAAUGAACUUUUACAAGACGAACACAACAGAUUACUUGCAAGACAUAAUAAAUUGUUACAAGAAUCACAGGAAAAAGAAACCGCUUUAAGGAAGAGAUUAGAAGAUUUGAAUAAUGAGAAGUCAGCAGUAAACAGAGAACAGCAGCAUGCAAUGCAACAGUUACAUCUACAGAAUCAGAAUCUUACUUUGUCUUUCAAGGAACAAAUUAAAGCUCUCAAAGAAGAUCACCAUAAAACCACUGAAAUGUUACAACAACAGCUGGAGAGAGCAGAACAUGAAAACUUCCGUCUACAGCGAGAUCUACAGCAGCAGAUGCAACAUGUUACUAGGGUUACCACUGAAAGUCCUGUACUAUCAUCUCCAGUGGAAUACAUCACUGAUAUACGACAUGUUGAAAGACAAGAAGGGGAGGGUUCAGAAAUAGUUGAACCAGAACCAUGUCAGAAGACAACAACUGUUCCUGUUUCAUCACCAUUACCUUUGGACCAAUUACUAACAUCAGCAUCAGAAGAAUUAGGUAUGAAAUUAGGAUCAUUACAAAGUGAAGAUACAUUGAAAGAAAACUUGUCUACAGCUGAAAAGAAGAUAGAACAUUUAACUGAGUUGCUGAAUGAUGGUGAGGCUACAAUUUUGAGAUUAACAGAACAAACUAAAAUCUUAAAGGAAGAAAUAAGGAGAAUGGAAAGAAAUCAAAGGAGGGAAGAAGAAACUUCAAACAUGGAAUAUCUUAAAAAUAUAUUGCUCAAAUAUAUAAGUCUAAAGGUUGGAGAGGAGAGACAGCAGCUUGUACCAGUACUAACAACAAUGUUGAAAUUAAGUCCUGAGGAGAAAGCCCAGCUAGAUGCUGCUGCACAAGGUGAGGAAGUGCCAGCUCAAGGUCAAGGUGCUGGAUGGGGAUCAUACCUGCACAGAUGGUCAGGACUUGUUUAGUCCAUGAUAUAACAUUAAAACAACCCUACAAUACAGUGAGCUCAGACAGCAGUUCUUAUAUAUUAUCUUUUACAAGAAGUAUCUACAUACAUUCCAAUUACUAGACCAGUUAUUAUUGCUAGUCAAGCCCUGGUAUUGUGCAAUUCACAUUAUAGAAAUCAUGAGGGGUAAUAAAUAUUUCCGUCAUCAUAGUAAAUCAUUAAUCAUGAAAUGCUUAUUAACAUAAUUUAGAAAUUACUCUAUAUGUGUAGUUUAUAUCAUAUGGGCUCAAUCUAAACUUUGGUCUCUCAAUAAUUUCCAAAAAGAAUUUAGGCAGAAAAUGCAUAUUUUGACAAUUAAAAAAUUACUUAUAUACAAAUUAUCUACCCAUUAUAUUAAUUUCAUGGCAAGCAGGUUUACUGGCAGUUUUAUGAACAUUAAAAUAGCCUUCAUAUCUUUUGUUUCAAGAAGCUCGCUUUGUAAAUUCAAAGAAAUGAAAAAAAUUAUAUGAAAUACAAUGUUAAAGAAAAAUCCUACAAAUAUAGAGAACAUUUAAAAAUAUCCGUGGCAAACAUCUUUAUAUUUUUCAAGAAAUUAAAAUUCAUUAAAUUUUAGGGUCAGUUUGGCACCUAGCACAUAUACUGGUAUUUUUUUCAUUAAAUCAUUGUUUAGUUAAGAUAGAUAUGUAACCAUAAUCUGUUUUAUAUAUAAAUAUGUAUUUUGUUUUGGAACUUAUUUGGUCAGUUUCUAUGUAGGUGUCAACUCUUUAUGUAUCAGUUCUUAAUUAUUUUGAAAUUCCUCCAUGAAAAGCAUAACUCCCUUUUGAUAAAAUUAGAUUUUCCUACAUAACUGUUAAGUAGAAGUGCCUGUUUUUCAAUGUAGGUUGACAAAUUAUUAUUAAUAAAAUGCAUAUAUAUUUUGGUGAAUGAAUCUGGGGAAUUAACCAUAAUCCUUUGCAUUCUGAAAUGUCAAAUUGAUUGUUUAAAUUCAUUUCAACCAGUUGUAAUUUACCUGGAAAAAGUAAGAUAAAAUAUCCUAGAAAGUCAUACCAAUGGGUUCUACUCAACUUUUGAAUGUUUAUUGGGUUGACUCCUAUGGUUUUUAGUUCAUGUAUACCUUGAGAUUAUAUUAAGUGAUAUAUACAUCAUUAUUUUGAGGUGAAAAACAUACCAUAUAAUAAUCAUCUAAGUUUCAUUCAUGCAAAAAAUUGUUUCUUGAGGAUCUCUUGUUUACCUAGUAUUUAAUAUUGAGAUACAGGGAAGCAACAUAAUUUAAACAUAAGUUGUAUUUCAAAGCUGAAACGAAUUUAGUUUAAAAGUGCAUAGUUUUGUAUGCUUAAUUUUUCUGCUUAUCUGCACAUAUCACUCACAUUCUUUGUAUACACAUGCAAAUACUUUUCAUCAUUACAGGAUGAAAUGAUUUACAUCAGCUUUGCUUUCCCUAGAAAAACUAUCAAAGAUGGUAAUGCAAUUUUUUUAAUGCAUUGCUUAAUAAAUAAAAGUUGACAUUAUAUGGUGUAGACCAUCACUUGGAUCUACACCUUACCAGUCUUAUAUGGUUCAUUCCUGCUUAUUUGACUUAGUACCUAGAUUGCCUUAUUAAAAAAAAAAAUUGUGUUCAAAUUGACAAAUAGAUCAUAAUUCAGACACAAUUUUUACAAUUUAGUAACCUCCUUUUUUAUUGCUUCAUUGUGUGUGCCUUUUAAUUCAAGUGAUUCUAAUACACCUUGGUAAAAAAACAAACCCCCCAGAGAAAAAAACAUAUUUUAGAUUUUUUUAACUUCAUGAUUUUAACAUUUCACUAACACAAGAUUAUGUGUCAUUCUAGGACUUUGGGCAGUGUAUUUGAAAGUUAACCAAUUCUUAAGUUAUAAUGGUCAGAAGUGAACAAGUAGGAUAUGGACAAUCAUAGUUGUCACUUGGUGACAGUUACCUAAUACAAAGUUUUUGUAAAAAAAGCCCAUGUUUUAUGUUAUGAUUGAGUUUUAGUUGAUGUGUUACUUAAACAACAGACAGUUCAUUAGUAAAUGAAACCUUUGUUUUGGCUAUAAAGUUGUACAGGAAGCAACAUUUUUAAAGCUGUAUCUUAACUAUACAAAUAUAUAAAAAAAAAAAUUUCACAUACAAAAAACAGGAAAAUUAAAGAUAAGCUUUAUGUGAUUCAUGUUGUCAAAUGAAAUUUUACUUUUUAUACAAUUAUUAUUCUUUCACAUAACUAGACUUGACAUAGGUUAAAAUAAUGGUAUUUUUAAUCAAUUAUACAAGUGCUUAUUCAGUUAUAUAAGUACUAUCACCAUUAUUUUUAGAUUUAGUUAAAUCAGGUUAUGUGAGGGAAGCAAUGUUUUCCUAUAAGAGUGCAUUUAACAUGGCUAUUAGACUAGCCAAGUCUUUCAAAUAAUUUAUUUUUGUGAUUCUGCAUUUCAUAGAUGUUAUUUGUUUUCUUAUACACAAUAAAGAAAAAAUGUAAAUUG